UGAAGAAAUAAAGGAGCUCCGCUUGGCGCAAAGAUUUUUGUAGAAACCUUCCCGCGCCUCAGGAUGGCAGAUGCAACCUUGAUUGUAAAUGGAUCAACCCCGAUCCACUUGGAGCCGGAUAUAAUCUACCGCAUCGGGAGAGGAGCAGGAGUGGAAAUACCCAUUGCAGAUCAAUCUAUGGAACUGGCCCACGCCACCGCCUGCAUCCUGCGCCGUGGAGUGGUUCGAUUCGCCUCCGCCCUUGGUAGGAUAUUCGUCAAUGGUGAAGAGAAGACUUUGACAGAUGUCGGGAAGGAAGACGCCUUCAAUGGCAAGGAUGUGAAACUGCGUUUCGGAAAUGUGGAAGCUAUUCUAGAGUUUAAGGAUGAUGUUGAUGGGCACAACACCAGCAGUGGCUUCGGCGAAUGCGUUCAGGACAAGAAUGACCUCACCGGGGACAGUUUUGAAAUUCCCGAAACCCAGCCACCACCGGAGGACACUAGUGUCAACGUUACUGCGGACAGUUUCUACAUUCCAGAGACUCAGGCAGUGGUCUCCAAUAGGCCGUCAACCGGUGGAAACAUAUCGCUGGGCGAGGACUUUAUGAUCCCAGAAACGCAGGUUGUUCCCCUUAUGGAGCACAAUGAAAGUACGCGUUGCAGCGAGGGGAGUUCCUCUGGAUCGGGCAGCCACAUACGUAUCUGCACGCAGGAUUUCAACGAUGAUGCCAUCGAUGACUUUGAUUCAUCGCUAAUCCUAGGACAUCCUCUUAUGCCUUUGUCACCGCCAAAGGCAGAUAAGAGAGUAGAGAAUCCAGAAACCACUCGUGAAAAUCCAGAAGCCUCGGAACUGGAAAUGAGUGCCUUGAAUUGGAGUGUUUCAAAUUCAAAAUGCACUGCUUUGAACAGUACCAACCAUCAGAAUGAGGGCCAUUCCGGUUUGGAAGCUUGUUUGACACCCACCUUGACAGGACUCAGCCAGGAUAUUCAAACACCCGAUCUAUUAGACAGCAUUCUUGGUGACAAAGUGAAAGGAAACGAAUCAAAUGCCAGGCAAGAGGAACCAGCUAUUCCCUCACCCGAUCUAUUGGACAGUAGUCUUGAUGAGGCGCGAUUAUCUGGCAGUACAUCAAAUGCCAGCACAUCACAGCUUUGCGGGGUACAGCACCUGGUUGUGGCCACAAUAGAGACUCCAAGGCCAACUCCUGACGAAAAGGAAGAUAAUACUAACAAGGAACCAAACCAGGACUUGAUUGCCACUCAACGAUUUCCUGGAAGGAAGUUGAUUGAAAGCGACGAGGAAGACGAACCAGUGAAGGAACCAAACCAAGACUUCAUUGCUACUCAAAGAUUUCCUGGAAGGAAGUUGACUGAAAGCAACGAAGAAGAUGAACCUAAUCGGGAAAAAAACACGGUUAAGGAACUAAACCAGGACUUCAUUGCUACUCAAAGAUUUCCUGGUAGGAAGUUGACUGAAAGCGACGAAGAAGACCAACCUACUCAAGAAAAUAAAACGACUAGGGAACCAAACCAGGACUUCAUUGCUACUCAAAGAUUUCCUGGAAGGAAGUUGACUGAAAGCGACAAAGCAGAUGAACCUAAUCGGGAAAAUAGCAGGGUUAAGGAACUAAACCAGGACUUCAUUGCCACUCAAAGAUUUCCUGGUAGAAAUUUGGGUGAAAGCGACGAAGAAGACCAACCUACUCAAGAAAAUAACACGACUAAGGAACCAAACCAGGAUUUCAUUGCCACUCAAAGAUUUCCUGGUUUGAAUUCGAAAGAAAGCGACGAUAAAGACCAACCCAACCAAGAUUUCGUGCCUACCCAAUUGUUUAUCCCUCCGCCUCAAAGCGGAAAGAAUCAAAAGUUACCCGAAUGUUUCAACAAAAAUCUAUCUCUGAACCAAGAUUUCAUUGAAACCCAAGUAUUUCCGGGUAGAGGCAGUGCCAUUCAGAAUAAGGAAAACAUUUCAUCAGACAAUGUUUCUUUAAAAGACGACUCCUCCAACGGAUUCAAAGAUUUGGAACCUAUCCUCGAUGAGAUUGAUGAAGUCUUAAAUGAGAUGAUCGCGGGCACCAGAAUGUCACCCGUGGAUCCCAAUGAGGAGCAAAUAAAGUAUUUCAAGCCUUGUGUUAUCAAGGACCAGCAUCACGAUCAAAAGGUUAGUCAGAUAGAAGGAGUUUUUACAGACGUAAGCAACCAGAGUCGUUGGCGGAAUGAGACCACCAACGAAGUAAAUCGUAAACGUGUAGCCAGAUCCGUCUCGCCCCAAGCAACCCCUGGCCACAAAAAUCGUCGUUUAUCAGAAGGAAGCGAAUGGUUGGAACUUACACCAAAAAGACACAUCUUUAACGAACUUUCAGAGCCCUCAAUUGCUGAAACUGAAGAAAAUACGGUUGAAAUAAAUACAAAUUCUUCUCCUCAGGCUGAAAAGGAAACCACAAAAGCAGUUGGACAAAUUAAUAAAACGUCUCCAAUAAAAAGUGAUAGUGAGGAACCUGAAGAAACAGGAGUCGCUAAAAAAGAACAGUCGGGAAGGCGUAGAAAAUGUACGUCUUCUAGUUCUGACGAGUUGGACAUCAAAAAACCAAAACGUGCCAAGGAGUCCUCAAUAUCGGAGGAGCCUAAAAUGGAAAAGAAAAAUACUCUACAAAAGAGUACAACCCAAAAGGGCCGAUCAAGAGCCAAGUCUAAAGCCAAGUCUAGUGAGCCAGAAGUGAAAGAAGCUCCAAGAAGAAGAUCCGGCGGCAGAUCAAAAGCCAUCUCCGAGGAACCCAGUGGCGAUGGCACAAAUGUUCAAAAAAGCAGAUCAAGAGCCAAAUCCAAAGCCAAAUCUAGUGAGCCAGAAGUGAAAGAAGCUCCAAAAGGCAGAUCUAAAGCCAUCUCCGAGGAACCUAGUAAGGGCGAUGUUACAAAUGUUCCGAAACGCAGAUCAAGAGCCAAAUCCAAAGCCAAAUCUAGUGAGCCAGAAGUGAAAGAAGCUCCAAGAAGAGGAUCUGGCGGCAGAUCAAAAGCCAUCUCCAAAGAACCUAGUGAGGGCGAUGGACCAAAUGUUCCGAUAAGCGGAUCAAGAGCCAAAUCCAAAGCCAAAUCUAGUGAGCCAGAAGUGAAAGAAGCUCCUAGAAGAAGAUCCGGCGCCAGAUCAAAAGCCAUCGCCGUGGAGCUGAAGGACAUAUCGAAUAAAGUUCAGGAACCUAUUAAGGGCAAUGUUACAAAUGUUCCUAAAAGCAGAUCAAGAGCCAAAUCCAAAUCCAAAUCUAGUGAGCCAGAAGUGAAAGAAGCUCCAAGAAGAAGAUCCGGCGGCAGAUCUAAAGCCAUCUCCCAGGAACCUAGUGAGGGCGAUGGAACAAAUGUUCCGAAAAGCGGAUCAAGAGCCAAAUCCAAAGCCAAAUCUAGUGAGCCAGAAGUGAAAGAAGCUCCAAAAGGCAGAUCAAAAGCCAUCUCCGAGGAACCUAGUGAGGGCGAUGGUACAAAUGUUCCAAAAAGCAGAUCAAGAGCCAAAUCCAAAGCCAAGUCUAGUGAGCCAGAGGUGAAGGAAGCUCCAAGAAGAAGAUCCGGUGGUAGAUCAAAAGCCAUCGCCAAGGACCUGAAUGACAUAUCGAAUAAAGUUCAGGAACCUAGUGAGGGCGAUGUUACAAAUGUUCCUAAAAGCAGAUCAAGAGCCAGAUCAAAAGCCGUUGUCGGGGAAUCCGUAAAGAAAGAACCCCCUAAAAGAAGAAAUGCCCGUUCCAGCAGUGCCAAGAAAUCGCUAGAUAGUUCUAAAACCUCCUCCGAAAUGGAGCCUAGCGAGGAUGGGGCCAACAAUAAACCCAAAGCGACUAAAGUGGGAGCACGAAAGGGUUCUGCAGCUCCCAGUUCUAAUAAAGGAGAAGCCAUCGUCGACAAGAAACCAAAACGGGGCAGACCAGCUGCGAAGCCUAAAGAACCUGUUACUGAAAAGGAUAAAACCCAACUGAAAAGUACUAGUGAACCUAUUGAAGCGGAGGUUGUUGAGAAACCAAGUAAGAAAGAUGAGGAGGUUGGCACUAAACCACCACCCAGAGCCCCAUCCAUGAGAUUAAGUAUGACCCCACCCGAUUCUCUAAGAGCCAUCACACAGUACAUCAAACAAGUCAGAUUAGAUGGAAAAAUCAAGAUAGUGUUUAGCAUGUGCGAUCGGAAACCACUGGAAAGAGUCUUAAAAUCCCUGCAGAAGGUUAUUGAGGUCACCGAAGACCCUUUGAAGUGCGACCUGGUCAUCAUGGAUCAUGGCGAUCGCACAUACAAAUUUCUUGUUGGCGUCGCUUCCAACAAACCCAUUCUUUCUAGCAGUUGGCUCCACUCCGUUCGAGCCACGAGCUGUAUUAGCGUUAAGGAUGAUCAUCUUUUCCAGGACGAGAGCUUUGAAGAGAAGUUCAAGUUCCGUCCCAUUUCCGUACUGGAGGGCCCCCGUCUGCUGCACGGACUAACAUUUUUCCUUCGGGACGGUAUCCAGCCUAGCGUGAAGGAAAUGCAAGCAAUUAUUGAAUGUGCUGGCGGGAAUGCCUACCUCAAACGACCCCCUCUCUCUACGAUCGGCGACAUCUUUGUAGUCACCACACCGCAGGACUGGACGUCCAAGAAUAUCAUGCGGGACUUUGCAAAAGUACACUUCAUUAAACCAGAGGGAAUAAUGCAAGCUCUCCUCCAACAUAAGCAGGAACUUGUAAAGAAUUUUCCGAUUGAAUUUGAAAGUUAAUGGUUGAAUUGUGUUAAUUAUUUGUUUUCUUUUUUUUGUAAUUAUUCCA